UUGAGUGAAGCCAGAGAUGAAAUUCCUUUCAGAUUGAAUGAGAGCGCAACGCGAACGAUGAAACUCCGGUGAAAAGUCCUCAGUGUUUGGAAGGACUGUUCAGGAUACUGUACGAUCCAGUUCUUAACAUCUCUCCAUCGAAAACAAUUUAUCGAGCUCAAGAUGAUGUCUGACGCCAGUGAGAUGUUGGCAGCAGCCUUGGAGCAAAUGGAUGGGAUCAUAGCAGGCUCCAAGGCUAUCGACUAUUCCAACGGGCUGUUUGACUGCCAGUCGCCCACGUCACCUUUCCUGGGAGGCCUCCGGGUGCUGCAUUUACUGGAGGACCUGCGAGCAGCGCUGGAGCUCAUGGACAAUGAGGAGAAGGACAACCUGCGCUGUCAGAUCCCUGAUUCCACGGCUGAGGGGCUGGCAGAGUGGCUGCAGGGACGAUUGAAUAACAUCCAGAACUCUGAUGUGGUCUACCAAGAACGCCUGUCCCGACUGGAGAGUGAUAAAGAGUGUCUUAUUCUCCAGGUGAGUGUUUUAACAGACCAGGUAGAGGUGCAAGGUGAAAAGAUUCGGGACUUAGACAGUAGUCUGGAGCUCCACCGGGAGAAGCUAAAUGCCGCUGAGGAGCUUCUUCAGCAGGAGCUGCUGACCCGGAGCACGCUGGAAACUCAGAAGCUGGAGCUGAUGACCGAAGUUUCCAGCCUGAAGCUGAAGAUAACCGCUUUGGAAAGAGAUCACAGGGGCAACGAGGGUUUGUACCAGGAAGUUACGGAUCUGCGGUUCCGGGUGACGGACAUAGAGAAUGAAAGGCUGCUGUGUGAGAAGAAGCUCAAAGCUACCAGAGAGGAGCUGCAGCUUUUGCAGAGGCAGCUGGAGGAGCGAGAGGAGGAGCUGAGGAGGCUGAGGGAGGACAGCAGACGGAUGACGGAGAGGACUGAAAGGGGGGAACCAGAAACGGAAAUGUUGAAGAUGAAAAGGGAGUUGGAGUUGGUAACAUCAGAGAACGAUGAGAAGGAAAGAAAGAUUAAAGCGCUGGAGGAGUCGCUCAUGCAGUGCCAGAAAGUCCAGGAGCUGGUCAACGAGAAGCUGAAGGAGGAUGACUACGAUGACAUCCCCGAUGACUCCCUGGUUUCCAUGGAGGUCGAUCAGCUCAUCCUGGAGUUGGACGGCGAAGCAGGAAGGAGCUCUGGUGAGUCUAUUCCAUGUAUAGCUGUGCUCUCUGAGAUGAACGAACUGGACCGAGAACGACGGCUACAAGCAGCUCAAAGCUCUGUAGAGAAGCCGGAGCCGGGCAGCUCAGACCAGGCAAAGACUAAAGCUGCUCCUGCUCCCUCUCCUAACAAAGGAAGCUCAAGUGAAGGAAUCUUUGGCGGUAAGAAGGCUCGCGCCUCAUUCGGCCGAGGCUUCUUUAAGCUACGUGGAGGCAAACAGACGGCCAGCGCCCCAAACCUCGCUGAGACGGAGCGUAAAGGCACCGAGCACCUCGACUUGGCCGGUGUUCCUCCACAGAAAUCCAGAAAUGCUGCUCCUCUGCCGGCGUCUCCAGAAACCAAGAAGAAGUCCAAAGGCUUACGUAGAUUUUUCGGCAGGCUGAAGAGGAGCCACUCCACCUCUUUUAAUCUGGACGAUGAAGCAGAGAUGGAGUUCCGGAGGGGCGGAGUCAGAGCCACUGCCGGCCCCCGCCUCGGCUGGUCGCAGGAAACAAAACACAACUCCGUGGACGCUCCUUUCUCUCGCUGGAGUAGAGAUGAGGUCUGUCUUUGGCUCCAUGAGCAGGGCCUCGGCUUUUAUGUUGCUCUGGGCCAAAACUGGAUCAGAUCGGGCCAGACGCUGCUGCAGGCAUCGCAACAUGACCUAGAGAAGGAGCUGGGCAUGAAGCAGCCUCUCCACAGGAAGAAGCUGCAGCUCGCCUUGCAGGCUCUCAGCUCAGAGGAUGAUGAUCUGAAAGGCAAACUGGACCAUAACUGGGUGACCAGAUGGCUCGACGACAUUGGCCUCCCGCAAUACAAAAGCAGCUUUGAUGAAGCUCGAGUGGAUGGACGGAUGCUGCACUACAUGACCGUGGAGGACCUGCUGUCCCUGAAAGUGGGCAGCGUUCUUCAUCAUCUCAGCAUCAAGAGAGCCAUUCAAGUCCUGCGUCUCAACUUCUAUGACCCCAGCUGCCUCCGACGGCGACCCUCUGAUGAGAACAACAUCACGCCAGCUGAGAUCUCCCAGUGGACCAACCACAGGGUGAUGGAGUGGCUGCGCUCCGUGGAUCUGGCAGAGUACGCCCCCAACCUGAGGGGUAGCGGAGUUCAUGGAGGGCUGAUGGUGUUGGAGCCUCGUUUCAACGUGGAGGCUCUCGCCCUCCUGCUCAACAUUCCUCCCAACAAAACCCUGCUGAGACGCCACUUGGCCACGCACUUCCACCUGCUCGUCGGCGCCGAGGCACAGCGACUCAAACAGGACUGCCUGGAAAACCCAGACUACACCGUCCUCACAGCCACCGCCAAGGUCAAGCCCAGACGUCUGUCAUUUGGUGGCAUCGGCUCUCUAAGGAGGAAACGUCAGGAUGACACUGUGGAAUACGUCUGCCCCUUGAACGUGGAAAUGCCCAAAAAUAGCAGCUUCCAGAAGAACAUGCGGGUAUACGAGGACACCUUUGACCAGCUGGAGCAGAUGGAAGACUCUGAAGGAACGGUGAGACAGAUCGGAGCGUUCUCUGAGGAGAUCAACAACCUGACGAGCAUGCUGAAGGAGGACCAGUUUUUCCAGGAGAUCCCAGUUUGUCCUCCAGAUGAAAGAACAGAAGCUACCCACAAUUUCAUCUGAGCACCAGCCUCCUCCUCUGACCAGCCAUUAAAUAUUUAUUAGACUUAUCCAAAACAUUAUGCAUGAACUGAAAGUUGACUUUUCUGCAGUUAUUCUAUUAUUCGAGAAUUUUUUUUCCCAGUCAGUUAUGGAGAAUAGGGAUGGCGUGGAAGGUUUUUUACUUCUGCACCAAGAAGCUGAUUGAAGUUUUCCAGGUUUGGAGUGUCUUUGGUGUUUGUCUUUUCACAGAAUGUGAUGUCUAGUCAUUCAGCACCCAAAGAUCAGACAAUAGUCAUGUUGCCAACGAAACGUCUAAACCUGGACCAGAGAGGCAGGACGCCCAGAGAGCCGAUUAGCUUAGCAUAAUGUCCAGAAAGAAAAAACUUGUUUCAUCAUCUUAAAAGCCAAAUAAAACAUGUGGAUGAGCUUUGGUGCAU